AUGAAUAACGCGUCGGCAGCGGAGUUGGGCCCCCCCAACGCUUCGUGCUCCGUCGCGGAGGUCGGCUGCUUCAACGCGUCCAGCCAGCAGCCGCCGCCGCUGCCGCCGCCGCUAGUGGUGGCGGUGCCCGUCGUCUACGCGGUGAUCUGCGCCGUGGGCUUGGCGGGCAACUCGGCGGUGCUGUACGUGCUGCUGCGCUCACCCCGCAUGAAGACGGUCACCAACCUGUUCAUCCUCAACCUGGCCAUUGCAGACGAGCUCUUCACGCUCGUCCUGCCCAUCAACAUCGCCGACUUUCUUCUGCGGCAGUGGCCCUUUGGGGAACUCAUGUGCAAGCUAAUCGUGGCCAUCGAUCAGUACAACACUUUUUCCAGCCUCUACUUCCUCACGGUCAUGAGCGCCGACCGCUACCUGGUAGUGCUGGCCACGGCAGAGUCGCGCAGAGUGACCGGCCGCACCUAUGGCGCCGCGCGCGCGGUCAGCCUGGCCGUGUGGGGGCUCGUAACACUAGUCGUGCUGCCCUUCGCGGUAUUCGCCCAGCUUGACGACGAGCAAGGGAGGCGCCAGUGUGUGCUGGUCUUCCCGCAUCCCGAGGCCUUCUGGUGGCGGGCCAGCCGCCUGUACACGCUGGUGCUGGGGUUCGCCAUCCCGGUGUCCACCAUCUGUGUGCUCUACACCACCCUGCUGUGCCGGCUCCGCUCCAUUCGCCUAGAUAGUCACGCCAAAGCGCUGGACCGCGCUAAGAAGCGGGUGACUCUCCUGGUGGUGGCGAUCCUGGCCGUGUGCCUCCUCUGCUGGACGCCCUACCAUCUGAGCACCGUGGUGGCGCUCACCACCGACCUCCCGCAGACGCCGCUCGUCAUUGCAGUCUCCUACUUCAUCACGAGCCUGAGCUAUGCCAACAGCUGCCUCAAUCCCUUCCUCUAUGCCUUCCUGGACGACAGCUUCCGCAGGAGCCUCCGCCAGCUGCUGGUGUGUCGUCCUGCCGCCUAA